UCUUUAUGUUCGAUUUGAUUUUUUUUGUGUGUGCAUUAAGCAAAGCAAUAAACUUUUGAACUUUAACCUAAUCAUAGAUAUAUUCUGUUUAAAACCACUGAGUUAAUGUACAUGAAGACUUUGUAGAGAUAAGGCAUUAACAUUGGCCCGACUAUCAAGUUAAUAAAAUGAUUUUGCAAUUCCUGGCCAUUCUUAUUUUUGGCUGUGUCUCUGUCGACUCCGUCAAAGACUACGGUUCUGCUCUGGGAAAGUCCAUUCUUUUUUACGAUGCCCAGAGGUCUGGUAAACUCCCAGCCAACAAUCCCAUUCAUUGGAGAGGUGACUCUGCCCUGCACGACUGCGUGGUAGGUGGGUGGUACGACGCUGGAGAUCAUAUCAAGUUUGGAACUACCUUGGCAUCCUCUGCCACCAUCCUGCUCUGGUCACUCUACAAAUGGAAAGACGGCUAUCAAAGAGCCAAUCAGUUAACCCAAAUGUAUGACAUGAUCAAAUGGCCUUUGGAUUACUUCCUGAGAGCUUGGAACCCUUCCAAACAAGAGUUCACUUUCCAAGUAGGAGACGAAACAUUAGACCACAACUUUUGGGGCAGACCUGAAGACAUGACAAUGUCAAGGCCAUGUAAAGUUGCCUCUGUGGCUCACCCGGCCAGUGACAUUGCCGGAGAAACAGCCGCAGCUCUCGCCAUUGGUUCCAUGGUGUUUAAAGACAAGGGAGAUCAAGCUUACAGCAAUCAACUCUUGACUGCAGCAGAGAGUCUGUACAAGUUUGCUAAUGAACACAGGGGAUUAGCUCAGACUCACACGUAUGCAUCCAAAAGCUACAAGGACGAACUGUGUGAAGCUGGUGUCUGGUUGUACAGGGCUACCAAACAUCAACAGUACCUGACGGAUGCUAAAUCUAUGGCCGAGUCUGGUUAUAUAUGGGCCUUAAUUUAUACUGACAAGCAAUUGUCUUGCAAUCAACUCCUAUAUGAAGAAACCAAAGACAACGCCUACAGGACAGUGGUGGUCAACUAUUUUCACAGUUGGUUCCCUGGUGGAAACACAAAAUACACGCCCUGUGGGCUGGCCUGGGCCAUGAAGUGGGGAUCUCUCAGAUUAGCUGCCAACUCUGCAUUUAUAGCUCUUGUAGCGGCUGAUUCUGGUAUUGAUGCAGCUAGAUACAGACAGUGGGCUGUGGAACAGAUUAACUACAUCCUCGGGGACAACCAUCACGAUGGGGGCUGCUACAGCUUUCAGAUAGGCUAUGGGAGCAAAUUUCCACGUCAGCCCCACCACAGAGCCGCCUCAUGUCCUAGCAAGCCGGCGCCUUGCACUUCCGCCGAUGCCAACUCUCACGGCCCUAACCCACACGUUUUGACUGGGGCGCUGGUGGGCGGUCCUGACGAGGGAGAUCAGUACGUGGACGUCAGGUCGGACUACGUCCUGAAUGAGGUGGCGAUCGAUUACAACGCUGGGUUCCAUGGCGCUUUGGCGGGCAUUGUCCAUCUUCAGGCUCAUAACCAGUUCCCAACGACGCACAACAAAUGUCCUUGCAACCAAUAGAAGGAACACAGAAAGAACACGUGCCUCGCUAUUGGAUUCAAGCAUCGGCAAGAAGUUCAUUGUAUUCUUAAAUAAAUGUCACUGACUCUGAA